AUGGGAGGCGGCGUGCACCCGCCCAGGUCGGCGCCUCGGCGAGGCUGCGGUUGUUGCGGGGCCCUGUGGGUUUCGCUGGGGCCCGGGGGCGGCGGCAGCGGCGGGACGGGCGUCUUCCCAGCCGCGCAGGAAGCGGCCUCGGCCGGAAGGGGGGCCCCGGACGCCUCCGCCUCCGCCUCCGCCAGCGGCCUUCGGGUGGGCGGGGCCGAGGGGAGCCGAGGGGAGCCGAGCGGGGCCGAGCGGGGCCGAGCGGGGCCGAGCGGGGCCGAGCGGGGCCGAGCGGGGCCGAGCGGGGCCGAGCUCCCGACGGGCCGACACGAGCGCAGCCGACUCCUCUGCGGGUGGUCCCGAGCGGCGGCCGAGCGCGGCCGAGCGCAGCCGAGCGCGGCCCGGCCCGGGCGGGGGAGCGCGUUCCUGGAAGCGCGCGGCUGCGGCGCGGGUCACAUUCCUGGCCGGCGCUCGGGCUGA